AUGGCUCUAAUAUUGCAUCUCAAAUAUGCGGAGAACCUUAGGGGUCGAGCAGAUCGGCUGGCUAAAGUGUCCUUCCGGGGUGUGUGCCACUACUCAAAAAUUAUUGAGAAUGCAGAGGACAGCAUCUGGUUUGAUGAGUCAUUUGAAUGGCCCGUGGCACGUCCCGUGGAAAAAGAAGAAAUCAUUGACAUCCAGGUCUUCAACUACAACAAAUAUCUCAGUAACAGACUUAUUGGAACGUUUCGUAUGAUUCUACAAGAGCUGGUAGAUGUUGGACAUGUCAAGAUUUCUGACUCGCUGCUGGAUGGAAACAAUGUAGUAAUGAGGACAACGAUAACAUUUGAGCUGACCUACAAUGCUCCGGACGGGUCAGUAGGGCUUUGGCAGAAGGGGGAAUUCAAACAAUUGAAAAGUGAUGAAUUACGUGUGCCGUUAACUGAGGAGGAACGAAACCAACUCAAUCUUGGCAGUCGUAGCAGCAUCGGAGAAUCUGAAUCCAUCCUGACAAGCCCUUCAAAGGCUUCCCUCAGGGAGUCACGUCUCAGUCUCGCCUCGAAAACCUCGCGUACCUCUGGUGGCAGGUCCCCAAAACAUGUGAAAAACUUCCCCUCAGUCGUCAAGAUGAUGAUGGGCUCUGGGAAGCGGUCAGAUAUCGAUGAGAAACAGUCCCUUAUAGACGAAAUUGAAACAGACCCAAGCUUGGAUGCACGAGCAGCAGAAGUGGCGUCCAUGUUAGGGGCUCGAGCUGAUCAAAUGGAAGAUGAUCAGGGCAGUCAGUCAUCGGCAAUAGCUACACCAGUCACCAACAGAAGAAACAAGGGAAGACCACAACAAAUGGAGCCGGCAUCUUUAAAAGCCCAGGAUUUUCAGGUCUGUAUAACUGUGAUAGAAGCACGACAAUUGGCAGGACUAAACAUGGAUCCCGUGGUCUGUGUCCAGGUUGGUGACCAGAAGAAAUAUACAAGUGUGAAGGAAUCAACGAAUUGUCCUUACUACAGCGAGUAUUUUGUAUUUGACUUCCAUAUGGCACCUGCUAUGCUGUUUGACAAGAUCAUUACGCUGACGGUUUGUCAGUCGGGACGUCUAUUCCGCUCCAACAAGCCUCUCGGAACUUACAAACUUGAUGUCGGCACAGUUUACAAUGCACAAGAUCGACAGUUUUAUCAUAAAUGGGCAAUGUUGACUGACUCGGACGACAUCAAUGGAGGGGUCAAAGGUUACGUCAAAGUUGAUAUAGCUGUGAUAGGGAAAGGCGACUCUGUAAAGGUUCCCCCCAAAACUGACAAGGAUGAGGACGACAUUGAAGGGAACCUGUUACUGCCAGAAGGUGUUCCAGCAGAUCGUCAACGUGCCAAAUUCACUGUUCGCAUCCUGAAGGCAGAGGGCCUACCAAAAAUGAAUACUGGGAUCAUGGCUAACGUGAAAAAGGCUUUCACUGGUGAAACAAAGGAUUUGGUGGAUCCCUAUGUAUCAGUGUCAUUCGCUGGACAUGUGGGGAAGACGUCGGUAAAGAAGGGAUGUUACGAACCUGUGUGGAAUGAACAGCUUGUGUUUACAGAAAUGUUUCCACCAUUAUGUCGAAGGAUGAAAGUGCAACUACGGGACAGUGACAAAGUCAACGAUGAUAUCAUUGGCACAUUCUUCAUUGACAUCUCUAAGAUAUCCAACGAAGGAGACAAAGGUUUCCUUCCAACUUUUGGCCCCUGUUGGAUCAACUUAUAUGGAUCUAUACGUGACUACAGCCUUUUGGAUGAAAAUACACACCUCAAUGAUGGACUUGGUGAGGGAGUGUCGUAUCGGGGCCGUCUCCUCAUCUCUCUUAAAACCGAUAUCAUUGAUAGUGUGGAGGAGGGCUCUAACAAAGCUAUGGUUGAACUGGAACCAGCACUGCCAAUUCCAGAGAAUGCUACAGGACGUUUGGAGGAGUAUUAUCUGUUUGGAUGUUUCCUGGAGGCUUCCAUGAUUGAUAAGAAAGUUGGAGAUAAGCCUGUCCAUUUUGAAAUCAGUAUUGCAAAUGCUGGGAACACACUUGAUGGGUACAACCCACCCACCAAGAAGAAGCAGGACUCAAGCAGCGAGGAGGAAAGUGAAGAGGAAGGCGAGGAUGGACCGAUGGAGAAACUCGUCAGUACAGAUGCCCCCAAAUGGCAGAGUCAUACGCCACCUCUGCGACCGGUCACCCGUGACCGCUGCUACUACCAUCUACCAUUCUAUGAUGAUAAGCCAUGUGUGUAUAUCAAGGAAGUUUUUGAAGACCAUAGGCGGAGAAUGUACAAUACCAAUAUCAUCAACAAGAUUGCCGAAAAAUUGGAGGACGGUAUCAACGAUGUUCAUGAAAUGAUAAAUCAGGAACAGCCAUUCCCAGAGAAACGUCUUCGAGGAGUAUUCGAAGAGCUUGGCUCAUCAGCUUCAAAAUUUGUCACAAUAGUGAAGGGAACUAGUGGGGGAGCCACCGCAGGAAAAACUAAGCUGGACAAGGAACGACAGAAAUUACUUAUCAGGGAAAUGGAUCAGAUGUCCACCCUUGCACGUAGCAUGAAGGCCACUGUAUCUAAGGGAAAUCUCAAGGACAAAAUUCGCUAUGCAAGUCAAUAUCUCCAACGGCUGAAGGGCCUUACCUCGGAGCCCCAGCAUGCCCUACCAGAUGUAUUUAUAUGGAUGGUAAGCGGCAACAAAAGGAUUGCCUAUCAGAGGAUUCCUGCGAUGGACAUCAUUUACUCAAUUGUCGAUGAGGAGCGCGGCAAAGAUUGCUCCCGUGUUCAGACUCUACUCCUGAAGCUGCCAGGUAAGAAGGCCACCAGCCAGGCAGGCUGGGCGAUCCAGGCGAAAGUGCAGGUUUAUCUUUGGCUUGGUCUCGCCAAACACAAAAAGGACUUCCUUAAUGGACUGCCUGGAGGUUACGAAUCAAACAAACUCACUCAGCUGGCCAUCAAACCGCAGGGAAUACCACCACCUUUCAUACACUAUACAGAGAAACAAUUAUUCCAAUUACGAGCACAUCUUUAUCAGGCUCGAAGUCUCAUUGGGUCUGAUGCCUCGGGAUUGUCUGAUCCCUUUGCAAGGAUAGCCUUCGGGGACCAGAGCGUGUGUACACAAGUGAUCGAGGAGACGUUGAGUCCUACGUGGGACGAAAUGCUCAUCAUCAACGAAGUCACCAUGUUUGGUUUGAUGGAAGAAAUCGCGAACAGUCCACCAACCAUUAUAGUUGAACUCUUUGACCAGGAUAAAGUGGGCAAGUCCGAGUUUAUUGGACGAUCCAUUACAAAGCCAGUGGUCAAGAAAAGCAAUGAGAAAUACGAAACGCCGAAAUUUCCUCCGCGUUUGGAAUGGUGGGAUGUCCACAGAGGGCCAGAUCGUGCCGGAGAAUUGCUGGCAACCUUUGAACUCUUACAGUUCCCCUUCGAGGAAGCUGACCUUCGCGAGGCCCAUCUCACUCCGCCUCAUGCCAGGAAAAUUCCACUGUUGGCAGCAUUUGGCGACAUGUCUGGGCAGGAUUUACCUCCCCUUGAACUCCCAGCCGCCUCUGACAAAGAUCGUGGGCCUAUUAUGCCCGUACCAAAAGGUAUUCGGCCGGUUCUUAGCAAGCAUCGGAUAGAGGUGUUGUUCUGGGGGGUGCGAGACCUGAAGCGUGUCCAGCUUACCUCAGUGGACAAACCUCGUAUUGACAUUGAGUGUGCAGGACAGGUCCUUCAGUCAUCGAUCAUACAGACUUGCAAGAAAAAUCCAAACUUCAAUGUACCCGUCAAGUUCUUUGAUGUGGAACUUCCAGAAAAUGAGUUAUAUUGUCCUCCCAUUACGAUUCGUUGUGUAGACUGUCGUAAUUUUGGGCGCUACGUUCUCGUCGGUACUCAUGUUAUCAACUCCCUGCACAAGUUUAUGUAUGUACCUACGACCAAGAAAGCCAAGUCAAUCAUCUCCAAGCUGUUUCCAGGAAAGGACCCAGAUGCACCAAAGAUUAUCAGCGACGGACAGGUGUCGGUGAAAGCAGACGAUGUUGCUGUGACGAUUGAUGAGCGUCUACCACUGGUCCACAAGGAUCCCCAAGUUAAUAUAGAUACGGUUAAAAAGAAGGAGAAGAAAACAGCUGAGAACAAGAAAAGGAAGAAGAGUUCAACAGAAGACGAGGAUGACCUUGAUCUCGAGAGUCUGGACUGGUGGAGCAAAUAUUUUGCUUCUGUAGACACUUUGAUCAUGGAGCAUGACCGUGCUCGAGCAGAUGGUGUGGAUCCUCUUGACCUUGACAAUAAGGAAGAGGUUGCUUCCUCCCAACAACAGCAGCAACAGCAGCAGACCCUUCCAAAUGGACAAGGUAAUGGGGUCAAUUAUGGCGCAAUUCCAAAUGGACAAGAUACAGGUCAUGAGGAUGAUGAUCCUGACUUCAAUGCAAAAGAGGCCAAGAAGUUUGAAGCUGCACUGAAAAAAAUGGAAAAACAAGACUCCAAGGGAGAAAAGAAAUCCAAAGGUUCUAGUCUUGCCUCCAAACUAUCACCGAAAUCUCAGAGAAAAAAGGAAAAAGCUACCAAUUCUACUGCUCAGCUUAAGACUAUUUCAUCAGGAAUAUUAUCGUCUGGUUUGUCCUCAUUUGUCAACAAAGCGUUUCAGUCAGACAAUGACGAUGAACAGACUAAAUUAAAAGAAGAAACACCGAAAAGUACUUUACUGAAGGUGUAUCCAUGUGAGCUGGAAAGUCUCAAUGACUUCAGUAACUUCAAGGACUGGCUUCACACAUUUGAGUUAUACCGCGGCAAGAAAACUGGCAACGAGGACACUGAUGAAAGUCGAGUAGUUGGAAAGUUCAAGGGUUCUCUGAAGAUCUAUAAGGUUCCUCUCCCGGAUGACAUUGAGGAUACAACUGUGACAGGUGGUGAUCCUUCCCUAGGGCUGUUCCAAGGUCUCCCUGGAAACGACCCAAUCAAAGUUCUAGUCCGAGUCUAUGUAGUAAAGGCGAACGAUCUACAUCCUGCAGACAUGAACGGAAAGGCUGAUCCGUACUUAGUUAUCCGACUUGGUCAGACAACUAUUAAUGACAAGGAAAACUACCUCUCCAAACAGCUCAACCCUGUCUUUGGAAAAUGUUUCGAAAUCGAGGCUACCUUUCCGAUGGAGUCCCUCCUUACAGUACAGGUGUACGACUGGGACUUGGUCGGCAUGGAUGACCUAAUCGGGGAGACCCAGCUGGACCUUGAGAACCGCUACUACAGUCGUCAUCGAGGAACAUGUGGAUUCAGCACCAAGUACGAUAUACAAGGGUACAACAUGUGGCGAGAUCCGAUGAAACCAACACAGAUUCUGGCUAAACUCUGUAAGGAGGGAAAAGUGGACGGUCCGCACUAUCAGCCAGGCAAAGUUCGCAUCGCCAAUAGAAUCUUCUCUGCCUCCAUGGAUCAAGAUUUUGACAAUGAUAACAAAGCACGUGAGGAACACCUAGCCCUUUAUGUUCUGAAACAUUGGGAAGAGAUUCCGAAAGUAGGUCGUAAGUUAGUGCCAGAACAUGUGGAGACACGGCCACUCUAUAACCCAGAGAAACCCGGCAUCGAACAGGGCAAGGUUGAGAUGUGGGUGGAUAUGUUCCCAAUGGAUAUGCCUGCUCCAGGGCCACCUGUAGACAUCAGCCCCAGAAAGCCUAAAAGCUACGAGUUACGUUGUAUCAUUUGGAACACAGAUGAUGUAGUCUUGGAAGAUGAUGCAUUCUUCACUGGCGAAAAAAUGAGUGAUAUUUACGUAAAGGGAUGGAUCAAAGGGCAAGAGGAUAUGCAAAACACAGACAUUCAUUACAGAUCCCUUACUGGAGAAGGAAACUUUAACUGGCGGUUUGUUUAUCCAUUCGAGUACCUGAUUGCUGAGGAAAAAAUUGUCAUAUCAAGAAAGGAGUCGUUAUUUUCCUGGGAUGAAUCGGAAACAAAGAUUCCAGCAAGACUUAAUCUACAAGUAUGGGAUGCAGACCAUUUCUCAGCAGAUGACUUCCUUGGUGCCCUAACCCUGGACCUCAACCGGUUUCCACGCGGUGCCAAAUCAGCCAAAUUGUGUUCCCUGGACAUGCUGAAGACGGAUGGUAGUGUACCACAAAUGUCCCUUUUUAAACAGAAGAGAGUGAAGGGCUGGUGGCCGUUUGCGGUUAAGAGCGAUGGUGGGGAGGAAGAAUAUGAACUAACAGGUAAAGUAGAGGCAGAACUACACCUACUGUCUAUGGAGGAGGCUGAGAAACACCCGGCUGGCCUUGGUCGGAAUGAACCAGACCCACUAGAAAAACCAAAUCGACCGGACUCAUCAUUCAUCUGGUUCCUAAACCCCCUCAAGUCAAUUCGGUAUAUACUCUGUCACAACUACAAAUGGGUGAUCAUCAAGGUGCUAGUUGUUCUAGCACUGGCAGCCAUUUUGGUUCUCUUUUUCUACGCCAUGCCAGGUUACAUGGUCAAGAGGAUGUUUGGAGCCUAG